AUAAAACCAAACGUCAAAAGUUUAAAAGUUGAACCGUCGCUGGACGUUUGUUUUGUUCUCGUAUUUUAUUUUUUGGUAAAUGGUGCUAAAUAGUUACGGAUAAAAUGCUUGAACAGCGUUUUUCAGACAAUGAUAGGUCGAAGCGAGAUAUCCCUUCGUUUAUAGAGCCUAGACCGCCACUAGUGUCGAAUCCAUUUAUGAGGCCUCGUCCUCAGAAAGGUACGAAUUUGUUGGAGCUUUUCGAGGAGGAUUCAGAAUGUGAGGAGCCAGAAUUAGUGCAAGUAUAUUUGAGACUGAAGCCCUAUCAUGGACAGAGCAAUUUGUAUGAAGUACGGUCUGAAAAAUGUCUGAUAACUUCUGUGGACACAGCUACCGCUGGCCAUGGGCGUCGCACACAACACAAUGUGUCUAAAGUGUACACUUUCUCUCACAUAUUUGACUCGGAAACUACUCAAAAGGAAAUAUUCGAGCAUGUAGUCAAAGACAACCUGAAGAAGUUGCCAGAAGGCCACAACUUCACACUGUUAACUUACGGAGCGUCUGGUUCUGGUAAAACAUACACACUGAUGGGAACGGUAGCAUCUCCCGGGCUGGUGCCUAGGUCAUUGGAGUAUGUGUUCCGUGUGGUAGAUGCUGCCCAGAUCCCGGUGUACAAGCCAUCAGAUGGCGGUGCUGACAAGCUUAACUACGCUGAACAGGAUUACGAGUUACAGUGGGUGAAAAGGCUGCGUCAGAUAUCAGCGCCCCUACGCGACAAGUACCGCCGCAUGAGCGCAGGGCUCUGCAGCGACUUCGCAGUCAGCACCUUGGACCUCACCAACAGGAUACAAUACUAUGUCUGGGUGUCUUUUGUGGAAAUCUACAAUGAGGGUAUAUACGACUUGCUGGCAAGUUCGGAUCGAAGGAUAUCAUCGAAACUCAAAAUCAGAGAAGACACAAAUGGCAAUGUCUAUGUUAAAGGUGCGACGCAAGCCUUCGUGCGCACGGGCGAGGAAGCAUACGACGUGCUGGUGGCGGGCAAACACAACCUGCAGGUGGCCGCCACCGGCGUGCACGCGCACUCAUCACGAUCGCACUGCAUAUUCACCAUCACCAUGCUCACUGAGACUGACAAUGGAGUGCGCACCUCGUGCGUGCGCCUGUGCGACCUCGCGGGCUGCGAGCGCGCGCGGCGCACGCGCAACGCGGGCGCGCGGCUGCAGGAGUCGCGGCACAUCAACUCCUCGCUGCAUGUGCUGGAGCGCUGUCUGCACGCGCUGCGCAGGAAGCAGAAGCACAGGGGAGACGCCGUGGUGCCCUAUAGAGAAUCCAAGCUGACCCGUUUAUUAGGCGCCGGUCUGUCGGGCGCGCGCGCGGAGGCCGUGGGUAUGGUGGUGACGCUGAACCCCGCGCCCGAGUACCAGCACGAGACCCGCCACGUGCUGCAGCUGGCGGCCGUGGCCCGCGACAUCCAGGUUAACAACACGAUCGCAGAGUCGAUUCUGGAGAGCGCAGAAACCACUCAAGACACGACAUACGCCAGCAGCGCUGAGGUCAUGAAACUCAGGGCUGAUAAUGAAAGGUUACACUUCGAGUUGAUACAAGCCCAGUCCCGCAACAAAGAGCUGCUGGCUGCGAUGGAGGAGCGGCAGCAAGCGGCCGCCGACACCAUGCGGGAGCUCGUGGAAGAAGCCAAGGACAUCACGAGACAGUAUUACGAGGCUCAGAUACAAGCGCUCAAGUCCGAGAUGGAUGACAUGGUAGAGGAAUAUGAAUGUAGACUGAAGAAAGACGCCGCGCCGCCUGCCAAUACAGGGACACCGUCUCGUGCUCUUCAAAAUAAGGUGGCACAACUGAUGACCGAGAUAGCUAUUCUUGAGGAACAACUAAUCGCUGAGAAAUUAGCGCGCGCGCGGGCUGAAGAAGAGGUGCAACACCUCAGGGCCUGCAUCGACGAGAGAGACGAAAAAGAAGACGAAACUUUAGAAAAGCAAGAAGAUGCCAUGAAUGUGUCCGACAGUGAACAGGAUGGCGAUGAGGAGAUCAAUGACCCCUGCAACGAAAGUCUCGAACCGACUUUUAAAAAAGACGAUAUUAAUCGAUCUAAACUUAUCUUACAAAGUAUAAAUUCUAAUAACACUUCACAUAACACUACAAUUAAUAGUGAAAAAGUAGACAAUGAUGACGAUGAUGAUGAUGAUAUUCAAGACAAAUCUAAUAACACCAUCAGAAACGAUAGUUCAGAUGAUACUGAACUGUCUAUCAAUGGAGAAUCUAUUAAAAUUGGCAACGAAACACUCGGUAACGAUUCACACAUUGGCAAGAAUGUAUCAUGUGAAUCAAAUGAUAUCUUAAAUAAAUCUAAUAAUAAUGAAGUUAGGGGAACUUAUUUUGUACGCAAAAGUGAAGAUAAUAGCAUGGAUAUAAGUACGAAAGAUUUGAAUACAAUAGACAAUGUCAGGGGUACUUAUUUUAUAAGUAAUACAACUCCACAAGAUGAUUCAUUGAAAUCUAAUGAAAUAGAACUAACUAAUGAGAAUACAACAAGUGAAGUACAUAAACACGAUAGAAGUAUUACAAAAGAUGCACAUAUUAAAAGUAAUGUCGUUGAUUCAACAAAAGAUGGAAUCGAUAUAAAUGGCAAAGAUAGUGCCCUGACUACGAGUGCAAAGAAAGUUCAUAAAGAUUCUGUUGUGACUAAAAUAAUGCGGUCUGUGAAGUCUACUCAUAGUGGAGAUAGUUCUCUAACACAGUUUGAAAAUCUAGAAAUGGCUGCUAACUAUUGUGAAGAAACUAGGUGUGAAGAAAAUACAUCAUUUGCAAACAUUAAAAUGUUGGCACAAAAGAAAACUUAUUUUAGUGACAGUCCAAUUACAAAUAAUGAUCCUGUCUUAGAAGAUCAGCAAAUAAUGAAGACGGUUGUUGAUAAAAAUAUUAAAGAUAAUAAAAAAACGGAUAUAGAAAAGAAUGUUAAUAAUAUAGCUCAUGGAUUUAAAAAGAAAGUUAGUCUUGUCGAUACGCCAGCAGUAAGUUUAGGAGACAACUCUUUUAUUGGCGAAGAUUUAAUAAAAACAAACAUUAUCAAAGAGAAACGUACAUAUUUUGACAAUAUUGAUGUCAAUAUCAACACUAAUAAACAUUUGGAAGCUGUUAAAGAUGUGAAAUUGGAACAAGACGAUAUUAGAUCCCCGUCUAUAGUCAAAGAUGAUAUUGAAGAAACAGAAGGUUUUGAACCUAAUACAAUAAAGAAACUGCUAGGCGAAAGUUUAACUAGGCAACCAGAUGUAAUAUCUUCUGUCCACAAAAAUAAAAUUCUUACAAAGAAACAUGAUUCUGUUGACAUAUUUGAUGGGUAUGAUUCUCCUCACGUCGUAAAAACAAAAGAACUUAGUGUUAUUGAUAAGGCACGUAAAUCUAUUGAAAGAAUGGUAACCGAGCAGAAAUCAGCUUCCAAACAUCAAGAUUGCAUUAAGAAAGAAAUAUUUGAAAGAAAAUCAAUCCCUGAAGAACCAAUAAAUUAUGAUAAAAUCGUUGCAUCAAGUGUUAAAGUGGAAAAUUUAAAUGACGUAACUGCUCUACAAUAUGUUACAUUCGGAAACAACACAACAGAGGAUUUCGAAAAUCUCUGCAAAGAUAUAACUGCACCUAGAGAGACUGAAUUCGAAAUCAUUGCUAAAGAGAUAGACGAUAGAAAUACUGAAAACGAGAAGAUUACAGAAAAAUCUGUUAGUUUCAAAAGGGAACUGAAAGAUGCAAAAGAACACAAAAAAGUAUUGGACACAUCGGAUAACUCUAAUUCCAGAUCGGAAUUCGAGGAAGUAAAGUACAAUUUGCGCAAGAAAUCCUCGUUUAAAAUCGAUAAAAAGCUAAAAGACGAAACGGAAGAAGUAGUUAAUGAAGGCGAAGCGAAAUGCGAAAAUAAAAUUAAGUCUAAGAGGAGUUUAAGAUUGCGGAAACGUAGGAAUCAAGACGAGGAUAUGGAUGGAGAUAAGUUGAAGGAUAUUGUGAAUUUGCAAAAGGAGUUUAGUGACGUCACGCUAGACGUACCGGCUGCAAGUAAGGUGGUGAAGGAUAUACCGUCCCCUGAGAAAGUUGCUGGAGAAGAAAAUGAACCGCCUCUAGGCAUACAAAGCUGUCCUUCUAAAAGCGCGGCCCGCAGCCGCCGCAAGCUGUUCACGCCGCGCGCGGAGCCGCUGGACGAGAGCGCUGGCGCCGCCGACAGCUGCGAGCGGCUGUGUGUCCCCCGCCCCUCCUACCACCGCGCGCGCGCACGACGCAAGCUGUAAACUAUAGCUGAACUCUGGAUUUUUUUCUUAUGCCGGCUCCAUAAUAUCCGCGAACGGUUAAAGCUUUGGCCGAUUCGGCAUUCAUUGCUGAUUUUUAAUUGCGGUAAAUAAAAACACUGUAUGAGUGUUUGGCGGUAUUGUGGAGCCUACAUUACACUGUACGUCCUAUAAAUUUAAAAUUCGCGUACUUAUAUCAAUAAAAUGUAUGUUGACAGCACAUCAACAUAUCCAAAAUCAUUGCAGUCGCCUCUAUCACCACUGCAGUCGUGCAAGGUAGCUUGACGUGCGGUCGACUACGUGUUUGACAAAAUUGAGAUAAUUACAGUGGUCUAUUUAUAUUAUUAUGUAGUGUAGUGUUAUGACGUGGUUAUAAUGCAACCCUGUGCAAAUACAGAAAGAAAUUAUAUAUUAAUUAUGAUGAUGAUUUUAUUUGAUUAUUGUCAAUAAAAUAUUAAUUUUGCAAA